AUGGCUGAACGUGUUGCUCAAAUUGCCUCUCACAUCAGUGACCCGAAAGGUCUACUGGCGGGACAAACCGCAAUAAUCACGGGAAGUGGACAGGGCAUUGGUGCGGAAGCAGCGCGCCUCUUUGCUCAGGAGGGUGCCAAAGUGGUUGUUUGUGAUGUCGAUUCAGACAUGGCGCAAAGCGUGGUGAAUGAGAUUGUCGCCUCUGGGGGCCAGGCAAUAGCAGUCUCUGGUGAUAUUACAGACAGAGACUACAUCAGCCAGCUCGUGCAGCGGGCUGCCCAGUUUGGAGGUGGAGAGAUCCAUAUCAUCGUGAACAAUGCUGGCUUCACCUGGGAUGGUGUAGUGCAUAAGAUGACUGAUAAGCAAUGGGUUGCCAUGGAGAAUAUCCAUGGUCUUCACGGAAACAUCGGCCAGUCUAACUACGCCUUCUUCAAAGCUGGUGUGUCUGGCCUAAUGAAGACGGUUGCAAAGGAAUGGGGGCCAGCGUUCAAUGUCCGAGCCAACACAGUGGCCUUUGGGUAUAUCGAGACGCGCUUAACGCAGGCGAAAGAGAUAGGGACCUUUAUCACAGGGCCAGGUGGUGAGGAGAUCCAGCUCGGAGUUCCUGGACGCAAUGGCAAAUCCUCCUUCGAGGAUAUUCCACUUCGCAGGCCAGGUUCGGCACAUGACGCUGCCAAGGUUAUCCUGGCUGUAUGCAGUCCCCUUUUCAGCUAUGUCACUGGACAGGUGAUCUCUGUAACUGGAGGGAGAAAUAUGUGA